UCCCUUCUAAUAAAUUAUGAGGCUGAAAGAAAACAGUAGUGAAUACAGUGGUAUAAGCCAUUCAUAAAUAAUCCCCAUAACACUGAGAGUUGAAACUUCACAAAAAAACCUGGAAAUUACCUUUAGGCCUGCAAAGACUAUCUUAUAAGCUUGAUAUUUUUUCUAUUAAUGCUCACAAAGUCAUCACAUGCUUGCUUUCAUGUAAAUUACUGAAAUGACGGCAGCUUGUUUGCUUUAUCCAUAGGAAGCUUUUCAUCAGGAGUGUUAAAAUACAGCGGCUUUUGGGUGUGGGGGGGUAAAGUUUCUCACCUUCGCAGCUGCACGGGAAAGCUUUUAAAGACAACUCAAAACCAGGGACCAAAAAUAUCGUUAUGGAGCAGAUAGACACAGCAUGUGUUUGCACUGAUUUAUGCACAGGUUGCCUGAAGAAGCUUGAGCCAUGAUUGCACGUACUCGAGUUAGCAAUCUCACAGCACAUCGGCAAACCCCACUUAAAAUUAGGUGAGGCAGAAGGCAAAACUCCGGGUGGAUUUAAGUGCUACACACCCCACCUCCUCCUUUCCCAAUCUGGCCUCGUUUAUAUAAGCCCAUGUAUAAUUUAUAUGUGCACCCGCAUUUGUAAAACGCUCCAGAUCUGAGCAUCUCCCUACCUCAGAACCCUCAAAUUUCGUGCUUAAAAAAAACCCCAGGUGUGGCGGGGGAUUGCGUUCAGUUGCUGCAGGAAGCGGCGCUCCAGCCGAGGGGGCCGGUCCGGGGCCUGCUCCCAGGCGCCCUCGGCAGCGCCCGGAACGGAGCGACCGGCAGUCAGCGAGGCGGUUCUAGGUGUAGGAAAUAUGAAUGACUGGCAGAGGAAAAGCCCUUUAGACUGGGAGAAGUAUGUGAACAAAAUGGUGAAAGUUGCUGCAAUUGAGAAACAUGAAUAUGAAGGAUGGGUCUUAACAGUUGAUCCAGUUUCUGCUAGUGUUGUCCUUGCAACAUUCCUGGAGAAUGAAAAAGUGUCCAUAUCGGUUGUCUUGGGCCAUGCUGUCCAGGAGGUUGAAAUACUGAAAGAAGGGGAUGAUGAAAUGAAGCAACGGCUUUCUUGCAUAUUUGUGCCUGAAGAAAGCAAAGCCUACAGCCCAGGGGAACUUGAAAAGAGGAAGAAUGACUUGAAGACUUGGCUAGAAACAAACCACAUCCCUGUAACAGAGCAAGGUGAAUCAGGAAGAACACUAUGCGUGAUGGGAGUAUUAACUAUUGACCCACCAUAUGGCCCAGAAGAGUGCAGCAGCUCCAAUGAGAUUAUUCUGUCUCGAGUUCAAGGCUUGAUACAGGGCUAUCUUGAAAGACACCAGUGAUGUCUGCUGUGUUAAAAGCAGUUGUCUUUAGGAAUGGGUCUACCCAUGCUAUUUUAGGAACUGUCUCUGGAUAUCAAUAUUCAAAAUUUGCAAAAAUGCUGGGUUUAGGUACUUUUGUCUGAUUUUUGUAUGUUAAGAAAGGGAUAAAACAGUAUAAACUAAAACAAAGCAUUUUUAAUACACUAUUUUUUAUUAAAAGCUAGCCAUUGGAGAGCAAUGAUGUAUUAAACUGAUAUAUAUCAGUUUAAUAUUAAACUGAUAUCAGUUUAAUAAAUAUUUUUGUAACAUUAUUGUGAAAGAUGAUAGAUUAUAAAUUUUAAACUGUGUUUUCCUCUGCCUUUAAAAUUAAUUCAAUUAAUUAGUGGUGUAGGCAUGUUUGUUUGAACUGUGUGCCAGAAUUUUGUUUCAGAAAGAGAAUUGUGACACUUGAACUUCCCAAACCAGAUGAACAAAUUGUUCAGAAGGCUUUUUUGUUUUGUUUUUUUUUUUUCUUUUUUCCCCCACAACUGUUCUGCUUUAGAACAUAAAUUAUAAUCUAGGUCCAAUUUUGUAAAAUUAUUAGGGAACAUUAGCAGGCAAAUAGGCUUUAAAAACAUUUCCUAUCUAUAUUUGUUAUUUUAGAGCAGCAGUGAUUGGAAGACCUUUGUUCCUUACAAUUUCUUUCAGUUCAUCAAGUUUGUGUUUCUUCAUGCUUUGUUUCUAUCUUAUGGCAACACACAACACAAGAAGCAUUGUGUGAUUUUUCCCGAGAUAAUUAAUCCAGUCAGGAGCCUUUAGAGUCUUAAGAGUUCCGUUUUAUGAAACAGCACCAAAACAUGUUAGUGGGCUGAAAUAAAUUUGAAAAGUUUUUCUAACCUGUUAAUAAAAGGCCCUCCUCAUUCCUGCUGUACUGUAUUUAACUUUGGUCAGGUUCUUCCUGAUUUUUCUUAAAAAUCAUCUAUUGCACAUAUGUUCUUGUGUGUGUCUCCCUGAAAAAGUUGGUAGAUGCAAAUGCACAAAUGCUUCAGCUGCCUGUCUGGAUAAGGGGAUUGCUCAGUGCCUGAACUCCAGGGCACCCAAGGCUAGCUGAGGUGUUUGGUGUGAGACCCAGUAUCACCUCAAACUCCACUCGAGAGAUUGAAGAACAGCUUGAGAAUGCCUUGUUACAAGGAAGGUAACACCUCUUACCUCCCUGCCAGGCAGUAAGAAGCCUGCUAUGCUUCUUUACCUCUAGCCUCAGCAGGGCCAGAUUCUGAAUUACUGGUCUCCUGUGAGGAGCAAGGACUGGUUUGUGUCUCUACUGCCUCUGAAGUGAGGACCUUAACAAAAUGGAUGCAGGACAACUAAGAGAGACACUGGACAGCCGGGAUAAUGCAAUGAAAGGGUGGACUCUCAGCGGGAGGGACUCUUUAAGGAAGGAGUUGAAACUACUGAGUCCCAAGAUAAGGGACAGGACUCAGCGAAUACUGAGUUAUCCUGAUUAUGGAAAUACUAAUUGGGUAAAAAGUCACAAGAGGAAGAGGAGGCAUCUUGAUUCUUCUUCCUGAAGACGUACAACUACCAGGAGCCACUGUGCAGGCGUAACUAGGAGACCAGGGCAGAGCACAUGAAAAUGAUUUAUUAGAAAUAAUUAUAAUAAACCCCACCUUUUUGUGGAGAGAUCACGAAUAUGUACAGGUGUUUUUGGAACUAAUGAAUAUGUAACACUUCACUGUAUAAAGCCAAGUCCGAUUACCACAUUGGGUGUGCACACUUGUGGAGGAGCGAUCCUCCAUGCACCCAGUGCUUCAGUAAAGACUACCUGC